AUGGAUCAGGGAUCUGUUUGCUCUUCGAUGCUGAAUAAAGUGGCACCUCUUUGUAAAUUACCAAAGAAGAACUAUAUCAUACAGUGUCAGCGUGAUCUAUACAAGUGCUCUCCCAAGGGAGAUGUGAAAUGCUCUUGUCAGACCUUGUCAGAAUAUGCCCGGCAAUGCUCCCGGCUUCAGCAGCCAGUUUGUAACUGGAGAAACACUACUUUUUGCUCUCCUUUACCUUGUCUGGGAAAUCAAAUAUACCAGGAAUGUGGAUCUCCCUGCUUAUCGACUUGCUCAAAUCCACAGACCACUUGUGACAGUUAUGGCACAUAUGGCUGUUUCUGCCCUCCAGGAACCUUUCUUGAUGAUAUUUCUGCUAAUAACAGAUGUGUUCCUUUGAGUCACUGCCCAUGUGCUCUAAAUGGAAAAGUUUACACUCCUGGAGAUUCUGUUAAUUCAUCGUGCAAAGCCUGCAAAUGCAGUAUGGGAAAAUGGAACUGUAUUGAUCUGCCGUGUCCAGGACGGUGUUCUAUUGAAGGAGGUUCAUUUGUAACCACGUUUGAUUCCAGACAGUACAGAUACCAUGGAGUCUGCACCUACCUCCUUGUCAAAAGUGUUAAGAUACCUGAUAAUGGUACAAUUGAAGUCGUUUUUGAAAAACCUGGUGUUAGAUAUUCAGAAACACAGUUAACAAGUGUAAUCUAUGCCACAAAUCAGAAAAAGAUUGUAAUUUCCAACCAAGACGUGAUGGAAGUCAACAAUGAACUCAAGAAAUUACCCUAUCAGGAUGGGAAUAUUGUAAUUUACAGACAAUCUUCCAGCUACAUUCAGGUAGAAUCCACUUUUGGCCUGGAGAUGCAAAUUCAAGUCCACCCAUUUUUGCAGUUGUACGUUACUGUGGAUGAAAGAUUUGCCACAACUACACAUGGGGAUUCAAUAGUUAGUGGAACAGAAAGGAGAUUCUGUGAGCAAGAACGAGAUUCCCGAAUGGAUUAUUACCUCUUGGGUGCCAGGAUCCGGGACAUCUUGGAUCGAGUCCUCAACAUUCUCAAGUGGAAAGGUGAACAGCCAGAGUUUGUGGUCCAUAAUGUUCUUAAGGGGAAGGCUCAGCAAGCCUAUUUGGUCUUGUCUGCGGAUGAGGCAAGGAAUUACGAUGAAGUAAAAGGGGCUAUACUGAGGAUUUACGAGUUAGUUCCGGAGGCAUACCGGCAAAGGUUCCGGAAUUUGAGGAAGCCUUGGGACCGCAGGUAUUUAGAGUUUGCCCAUGAGAUGCAAAUAUACUUUGAUCGUUGGUGUGCCUCGAAAGGGGCCAUAAAACUAAAACAGUUGAUGCUGAUUGAGCAGUUGAAAAGCUGCAUCCCUGAGGGUAUGAGGACAUACUCAGAUGAGAAAGAGGCAGAAAUGCUGUCCGCGACUGCCAAAUUAGCAGACGAGUAUGCCUUAACCCACAAGGUCAAGUUUUCUCCAAGUAAGAGCUACCAGAGGGGUAGUAGGGGUGGUAGAGAGAGCCCACCGGCUAAGUCAGAGAGUAAGCCGGGGACUAGCAGAGAGGGUAAGGAGGAUGAGAAGCGAUCUGGAGGGAAGUUCCCCAGUUCUACGUGUUAUAAUUAUGGGAAAGCCGGUCACAUAGCACCUAAGUGUUUUGCUCCCAAAAGAGAUAAAGGAAAGGGAAAGGUGCCAACCCCGACUGCCUGCAUUAAGCCGGCUGAAGUGUCGCUAAGGGAGAAGGGGUCAAGCCGAGUUCAGGAAGGACGUGAGAGGUUUAUUUUGAACGGGUUGGUAUCGUCUCUGAAAGGAUUCCAGGAGGUGGAGGUAGUGUACAUGAACCUCAAGACGAGCAUGCUGCAGGAUGAUGUGCAAGCCAAUUUAGCAGCCAUGUGUGUUCCUGGCUGUGUAUGCCCAGAUGGAAUGAUGCUGAAUGAGAAAGAUCAAUGUGUCCUUCCCGAAGACUGUCCUUGUGAAUUCAGUGGCGUGUAUUAUCAUCCCAUGGAGUCAAUAGUGAAAGAAUGCCAGAAAUGUAUUUGCUUUAGAGGUAAAUGGGAAUGCACUGGAGAUGCCAAGUGUCCGUCAACCUGUGUGAUUCAUGGAGAAGGACAUGUUACCACCUUCGAUGGAAAACAUUAUGUAUUUGAUGGCAGUUGUGAAUAUAUUUUAGUUCAGGAUGCUUGUUCUGUUGAUUACAAAUUGCCAUCAUUCAAGAUAGUAUCUGAAAAUAUUAUUUGUGGUAAGAAGGGCGUAGUGUGUACAAAGUCCAUAAGAAUCUUCCUUGAGGAAAUCCUCAUUAAGCUGGCAGAUGGACAAUAUACACUAACACCCCCAAAUGCUGUCAGACAUUUUAAAGUGGUCCGUAACCCGCUUUAUCUGAAAUUCGACUUUGUGAUCAAGGCAAAACUUGAACUAACAGUUAUCUGGAAUAAGAACAUGAAUGCAUACAUUUCAAUUACGAGACUCUAUGAGGUAAAGCAAACCUUGUGUGGGCUCUGUGGUAAUUACAAUGGUAAUGUGGAUGAUGAGUAUAUAGCACAGAGCAAAUAUUUAGUGUCCAAUUUACUGGUCUUCGCAAACUCUUGGAAGGAAGAUGCCACAUGCACAGAUGUAACUGAAGUUGCAACUCCAUGCUUCAGAAAUCCAUAUCGUUUUGCCUCAGCUGAAAAAAUGUGUGCUAUAAUUAACAGUAAAGUGUUUGAGCCAUGUCACAAACUGGUCUACAGAAUGCCAUAUUAUGAUAAUUGUGUCCGAGACACAUGCGGCUGUGAACUGGUUGGCAAUUGUGAAUGUCUGUGUGAUGCUGUUGCAGUCUAUGCUAAAGCAUGUAUCGACGCUGGAGUCUGCAUUGAUUGGAGAACCCCAGACUUCUGCCCGGUGUACUGUGACUACUUUAACUCCCGUCAGCUGGAUUCCACCAUGGCUGAGUAUGCUCAGAAUGCUAAAUCUAAGUGGCGUUACCUGCCAUGUCUGUGCCAGGCCAACAUUCACAUCUUUGGGAAGUUUAAUAUGGAGGGUAAGGCUGCUGAUCAUUUAUUUGUACUUGACAAAAUUAGAGAACCAUAUGCAUUCAUCUAG